AUGGCCCUUCCUAAGCUCGCAGGAGAAUUGUACCAAUUGUAUGACCAGAACAAGUAUGACGAGUGCCAGCGUCUUCUUCCGGCAAUAAAGAUGGAGUUGAUCAAGCACAACUUACUUGUUCCAGUUCCUUCCAACUCGAAGACUCCCGACCAGCUAAACGACUUGAAGAUCUCCGAGCGAAUUCUUGAAAUCGGUGCCUUACUGUCGUUGUUGUCUCACAAUUAUGCUGGGUUCGAGAACUUCUUUGCUUCAUUGCGUCCUUUCUACACCUCUACGGUGUUGCAUGGAAAAUCAGAAACCAACUCAGAUGCCACCAAGAUAAUCGCAUUGUACUUGCUCUACUUACUUUCACAAGGACUUAUAAGCAAAUUUCAUGUGGAGUUAGAAACCAUAUACAACAGCCCACUGUUCAAUGUCGACAAGGACAAGUACUUGAACUAUCCUAUUGAUUUGGAGAGAAACUUGAUGGAGGGCAAUUACAUCAAAAUUUGGAAGUUGCUACAGCACGAGGACUCCUUGCCAUGUAAGGAAUUUCAUCUUUUCACCCAAACCUUGAUCAACACCUUAAGAUACGAAAUCGCCAAGUCGAUUGAGAAGUCCAACGACUCCAUUCCCGUGUCAAAUUGCAGAACGUUGCUCUACUUCCCCCAAGAGCAGUCCGACAGGGCCUUUGAGGAGGCGUUGAAGCAGGAUUUAGAGGUGGAAGACUGGGAGUUCAAAAAUGGCAUCAUCUACUUCAACAAUAAGGCGUCUCAAAGUGCAACGACAACUGACAACACAUCAGUUAUCAGCAAUGUGUUGAACUACGCAGAACAAAUCGAGUCGAUUGUAUAA